AUGGCAGUCAUAAAAAGAGCUGUAGAAAUUACAACUACAUUUUCACCACGAGAAAUCCAAUUAUUAUCAGCAUUAAUAAUAAUUAAUCCAGAGAAAACAAGUGGGCGUCUUUCACAAAUAAAUACUGGGGAAGGUAAAACAACAAUAGUUGCAAUGUUAGCUGCAAUUAAAGCAUUAGAAGGACAUAAAAUUGAUAUUAUUACAAGUUCACCAGAAUUGGCAAAACCACAAGCAGAACAACAAAAAACAUUUUUUAAUAUAUUUGGUUUAACAGUUGGCCAUAAUGGUAACGAUGGUGGUGGUGGUGGUGGUGGUGGUGGUAGUGGAACAGAAAUAAAAGAUCAAUAUCGUGCUGAUAUUGUUUAUGGAGCAGCUGGUGAUUUUCAAGGUGAUAUUUUACGUGAUGAAUAUAGUAAAUUAGGUACACGUUCGGGAAGAAAAUGUGAUGUAGCAAUUGUUGAUGAAGUUGAUUCAAUGCUUAUUGAUGGAAAAAAUCAUAUUGUUAUGUUAUCAUCACCAAUGCCAGCAAUGGAUCAUUUAGAACCACUUUUAGCAACAAUUUGGAUACAAAUUGAAGAAACAGCAAAAUGUAUUAGAGAAAUUAAUGGUAAAGAUUAUUAUAUACAACAAGAAGAUAUGAUUAACGAUGAUGGUACAAUGAAAUCUGAUGCUGUUGAACAUGCUUUUUUAAUUGAAGGAACAAAAGAAGAAUUUAUUAAAAAAUGUACUGAAAAACAUAUAAGAAAAAUACUUCGCGAUAUUGAACAUUUAACAGACGAUGAUGAUAAAAUAAUUCCUGAUGAAUAUCCCAAAAUAAAAAUUCCAAUACAUUUACGUGAAUUAGUAACAAAAAUUCAAUUAACAACAUGGAUUGAUAGUGCAAUACAUGCAAAAUAUCGUUCAAAAAAUGAACAACAUUAUAUUAUUAAAAAUGGAAAAAUUGCACCUGUUGAUGCACAAAAUACAGGAAUUGUACAACAAAAUAUGCAUUGGAAUAAUGGGUUACAUCAAUUUUUACAAAUAAAACAUGGUGCAAAAAU